AUGUCACAACCCUACCCCGACGAUGAUGGCCAUCAGCAAUCCCAAACCACGCAAGCAGAAGAGGGCAUUUCGAGAUAUGAAGAGCGAGUCGAUUCUGGUUUCUUACAACGGCAUGACGCACCACAGUCCAGCAAAGACAAGGAGGAGCCCCUUCAUAGAAGGAAGUCUCCAAUGCCGGGGAGGUUCUAUCUCGGAACAUCCAGCUCAGAAGACGAUGAGAGGCACAGUACCGGGAGCGAGUCCUUCUACUCUUAUGAGUCAAUGAACUCUGAACAACCCUUUCACUUGGGCGAGUCCAAUCCACCCGUCGAAGAGUCUCCACCUCCUCUGCCUAUGCGGGACAACACAAGUGCUCCAAGAACAGCCAGCUCUCCAGACCCGGCAACCAUCCCCAUUAGCGACGAACAUGCCAGAUCUUCAUCCUCCUCCUUCCAUGAAAAGCCAACCACUGUUGAGCAGCCACGAGGGAUCCCCUCCCAACUUCUCCCCCGCGCCAGCAGCAUAACCAGCUUCGGCUUCAUCGACGACGGCGAAGACACCAUCAUCUCGUGGGAGGAAGACGACCCAGAAAACCCGUACAACUGGUCCUCGGGCAAAAAAGCCGCCAUUUUGUUUACUGCCGUCAUGCUGAUUCUCAACUCCUCCAUGGGCAGCGCCCUGCCGAGCAACGCCAUCCCCUUUAUCGUGGAGGAGUGGAAGAUCGAGUCGGAGCAGGAGAAGGUGCUUCCGAUUUCCAUCUACCUAAUCGGGUACGUGAUGGGACCGAUCUUGUGGGCGCCGCUGAGCGAGCAGUAUGGACGGCGGAGGCUGAGUAUAGGGACGUUUGCGAUGUUUACUGGGUUUACGUUGGCGUGUGCGUUGGCUCCGCAUUGGAUUUCUUUUAUCAUCUUUCGGCUGUUUUCGGGGAUCUUUGCUAGUGCGCCGAUUGCGCUGGUGCCGGGGAUUAUUGCGGAUGUUUACAAUGAGCCGAGGAAGCGUGGGAGGAGCAUGGGGAUCUUUAUGGCUGUUAUCUUCGGCCCCCUAAUCGCCCCCAUCCUCUCCGGCUACGCCGCCACCACCAUCGGCUGGCGCUGGGCCUUCUGGAUCGGCCUCAUGUACGCCGGCGCCACCCUCCUCCCCCUCUUCCUUUUCCUCCCCGAAACCUACGGCCCCAUCCUCCUCCUCCAGCGCGCCCGCCACUUACGCUCCACGAACCCCAACGCCCGCGUCAUCGCCCCCCGCGAACUCGAAGACAACCAACACUCCCUCUCCGAACUCACCUCCAUCGUCCUGACCCGUCCAAUCCGCAUGAUCCUUAUGGAACCCAUCGUCUCCACCUCGUGCGCUUACAUCUCCCUGUGUUACGCAAUCUUCUACAUGACCUUCGAAGCCUACCCCUUCAUCUUCAUCGACCUUUACGGUUUGUCGCCAGGCGAGUGCGGGUUAACCUACCUCGCCAUCGGCGUCGGCUGUCUGAUUGCCUUACCGAUCUUCAUGACCUGGGACUCGAUCCUCACCCGCGCCAGGCAACGCAACGCGGCCUGGACAAGACAGGAAGAAUACCGUCGCCUGCCGCUGGCUUGCCUGGGAGGACCCAUGUUUGUCGUCAGUCUCUUCUGGCUGGGGUUCACUGCCCGCGCCGAAAUCCCCUUCUGGGUGCCCGUGUUAAGCGGUAUCCCCUUCGGCAUGGGGUUCAUGUGCGUCUUCCAAGCUCUGUUGAACUACCUGACAGACGCAUACGAGAUCUUUGCGGCGUCGGCAAACGCUGCAGCUUCUUGCUCGCGCUCGCUGUUGGCUACCGUAUUGCCGUUGGCUACGGCGCCCAUGUUCCAUCGCUUGGGAAUCUGGGGGGCGUGUUCCCUGCUGGGGGGGAUGAGUUUGUUGAUGACGAUGAUGCCGUUUAUUUUCCUCUGGCAGGGGGAAAAGAUAAGGAGGGGUAGUAAGUUUUGUUUGUUGUUGAGGGAGCGGAGGGAGGAGAUGGAGAGGAAGAUUGAUGAGCAGAGAAGACGGAGGACGGGCGUGGUGUCUGGGGUAGGAAGUGGUGCCGGGUUUCGGUUCUCGGCUUAUGGUGAGGGAGCGGCGAGGGCGGAGACGAGGGGGGAGGGGAGGGUGGUGGUGGGGGCGAUGGGAGACAUUGAGGAGGGAAACGAGGGGGAUGAGAAGGAUACGGGGGAGAUGGAGAAGGGAAGGGAGAUGGAGAAGGGAAGGGAGAUGGAGAAGGGAAAGGAGAUGGAGAGGAAGAGUCUGAGUGGCGGCUCGAGCCACAAUGAGGGAGGCAGUCAAGCUGAGGUUGCGCAUGGUGGUACUGGCGAUGUGGUGAAUCAUGUUAACAGGGAGUACGGAGCUGAUGAGGUCGGCGAGUCGUCCAAAUCGUUCAAUCAUGACCAUGAUCCUCCGCCUGGUUCAGGUUCAAGAAGUGGGUCGUCAGCUACCGUGGCAGUUAGUCCGCCUCGGAUGAGUGCUACACCUGAUGAUGGAGGGAGCAGGAUGGAGAUGGGGUUGCUGGAGGCCAGGAAGCAGGCUAGGAAAGAGGCCAGGAAGGAGGCCAAGAAGAAGGCCAGGAAGGAGGCCAAGAAGGAGGCCAGGAAGGAGGUCAGGAAGGAAGGAUGA